AGAUCGACAUCUUGCAGGAUCACCGAAUACAUUCGCACUAUGAGCACUAGCAAUCGUAACGACUCAGAAAACAAUGAGGUCAACAGCGAUGAAGGGUCGGACCUUGGACAUCUGGUCAAGGGAUGUGUUUAUUGCACCAAAGCCCAACCGCCCGGUCAGAGAACGCUGCGCCGUUGUUCCCGUUGCAAGACGGCAUGGUACUGCAGUUCAGAGUGCCAGAAGGCCGACUGGAAGAUUCACAGGGUACCUUUUCAUUCAUCCCUAUCAAAGUCGCAGCGCAAUUAUACUAUACACUAAACGUUACCUCAUUACUAGGAGCACUGCAAAUCAAGAGAGCAGAUGCGCCAAGAGGCUGGAGAGACGGAUCCUGAUGAGCGAAAGGCUAGGAGAGAGUUCGAGAAAUGGGUAUCCCACCAUAACCCUGUGUUAUCACUCGUGAUCUAUCGCGCGCUUAAGCUGCAGUCGGACCCAGACGCGUUCAAAUCUAAAGGCUUGUACAUAUACUUUGAGCCAAAGGCCGACCGCCAAAGCUACCCGCUACAUCAGAGGUACAAUGUCGUACGUGGAGUCGUUGAGGACCUCGACUCGAUUCGCAACGCUGCGAUUGCCUCCGGUGCUGGCGGUAUUGAAGACCAUGGACGUGCUC